AUGUUCACACCCCCAACGUUCCCAUAUCCACCCCAUGGUUGGGGUCACCCAAAGGCGCUGCCCCCAAGAGCUGGGGUUUCCCCACUUGGCUUGGGGGUGACACAGUCUCUGUCCCCCCACCCCACAGCGCUGGCGGCCGCCUCCCCAAGUGGGGAUGAGUGUGCAGAGGAGGAGGAGGAUGAGCUGGAGCCGGGGCUGGAUGAGGCUGAGCCAGAACCUGACAGUGGGACCAGGGCAGCGGGGGGGUCCCGGGGGGCCGUGCUCACACGUCGGGGCAUCACUCUGCGUGUGCUGCUCCGUGAUGGGCUCCUGGAACCGGGACGUGGGGUCCUCUCCAUCUAUUAUUUGGGCAAGAAGUUCGUGGGGGACCUGGGUGCAGACGGGGCCAUCACGUGGCAGGAGACAGGGCAGGUGUUCGGCUCACCCAGCGCCUGGGCCACGCACUGCAAGCGCCUGGUGAACCCUGCCAAGAAGUCGGGCUGCGGCUGGGCCUCCGUGCGCUACAAGGGGCAGCGCCUGGACCAGUACAAGGCGGCGUGGCUGCGGCGGCACCAGCCCCACGCACCCAGUGAUGAGGCUCUGCCCAGCGAGGGUGAGGAGGAUGAGCUGCCCGAGGAGGAAGAGGAGGAGGCUGGGGACGGCCGAACGCCCGCACCGGAGCCAGCAGCCACCAAGAGAACAGAGGAGAAGAGCAAGAAGCCGCCGGGCCGCGGCACAGCAGAGCGGGAGCCCACCCCCCCGGGGAAGAGGCCGGAGAGCAAAGCCCGGGCGCCCGUCCGCUACUGCAUGCUGGGCACACGCGACGCAGCCACGGUAGGGGACCCCCCGACCCAUCACCUCGGUCAGCCCUCGGGGUGGGGAGGGCCGGGGGGAACAAGUGAACAGACAAUAGAGGAAGAGAAGCUGGACUCUGACUCUGUAGGAGUAGAGAGCGUAAGCGAUCAGAGUAGCAAGCGCUGCCAAGGCCUGGGAAAGCCCUCUAGUGGGGAAACAGCGGAGAGAGGCGCAGGUGCGGAAGGCAAAGAUAGCAAAGAAGAUGCCAAGAAAACAGAAGACAAAGCUAAUUCAGAGGAAUCCCCCGCUACUAAAGAGUCCUCAGCCAGUGAGGGCGGUGAUCAGAAAAAGAGCCCUGUGGAGGAGGACAGAGAUACAAAGCUGAUCUCAAAAGACGAGAAGGGUCGCACUGCUGGCGGUUCUGGGAGAAACUUUUGGGUGAGUGGACUUGCUUCCACUACCAGAGCUACAGACUUAAAGAAUCUGUUUAGCAAAUAUGGGAAGGUGGUUGGUGCAAAGGUGGUCACCAAUGCCCGCAGCCCCGGCGCGCGCUGUUACGGCUUUGUCACCAUGUCUACAGCUGAGGAAGCCACAAAGUGCAUUACUCACCUCCACAAAACGGAGCUACACGGGAAGAUCAUUUCUGUGGAAAAAGCAAAAAAUGAACCUGCUGGGAAGAAACCAACUGAAAAAAAGGAGAAUGAGUCGAAGAAAGAAACAGCCAGCGAGAGGCCUAGCAGUAGUAAAAGGGAUGAGAAGUGUGACCAAAAAGACGACUCCAAAAAGGCUGAAGAAAAAGAUGAAAAAGAAAGGAAAGAGAAGGAUGAACAGAAGUCUGCUUCAUCGGAUCAGCCUAAAUCUUCCAAGUCAGGGAGUAAAGGAACAGAGAGAACGGUGGUAAUGGAUAAAUCCAAAGGAGAACCUGUUAUCAGUGUGAAAACAUCAACUACAUCAAAAGACAGAAGUGUUAAGAGCCAGGAUCGCAAAUCGGAGAGCAGGGAGAGGCAAGGCAUUGUGCCCUUCGACAAGAUCAAAGCUCAGAGGAAAAUGAGGGAGGCCGAGCAGCGCCGCACCCGUGAGCGUCGGGAGAGGCAGCAGCACCUGCAGACCAUCCGGGAGCGCGAGGAAAGGGAGAGGCUUGAGAUCGCUCGUGAGAGACUGGAAAUUGAAAGGCAGCGGCUCGAGAGAGAGCGGAUGGAGAGAGAGAGACUGGAGAGAGAGCGGAUGCACAUAGAGCACGAAAGGAGGAGGGAACAAGACCGCAUCCAGCGAGAAAGGGAAGAGCUGCGACGGCAGCACGAGCAGCUGCGCUACGAACAAGAACGCCGCUCCGCCAUGAGAAGGCCGUAUGAUAUUGAUGGCAGGAGGGAUGAUCCAUACUGGCCUGAAGCGAAGCGGAUGGCGAUGAACGAUCGGUACCAUUCUGACUUCGGCCGCCAGGACCGCUUCCACGACUUCGACCACAGGGAUCGUGGCCGGUACCAAGACCACUCAUUGGACAGGAGAGAUGGAUCCAGGACAAUGAUGGGGGAUCGCGAUGGACAACAUUACCCAGAUGAGCGCCACGGGGGACCUGAGCGCCACUCACGGGACUCCCGGGAGAGCUGGGGCAGCUACGGCUCUGACAGGAGGAUGAGUGAGAGCAGAGGGAUCCCCCCGCCCUCAAGAGAUGGCCGCGACUGGGGGGACCACGGGAGGAAAUUUGAAGGGCACCAAGAGCGUUCGUGGCAGAGCAGUGUGGAUGGAGGGAUGAUGGGACGGGAUCACGAGAGAUGGCAAGGUGGAGGUAGAGGGAGACCUGGCCACGUGAUGCACCGUGGAGGCAUGUCAGGGCGAGGAGGGUUCAUGCAAGGCGGGAACCAAAGUCAGAUGAUGCACGGAGGAGGGAUGCAAGGAGAAGGAUUUGCUGGCCAGGAAAGAGCAAGCAGACCCAACGAUCCCCGGUUCAACCGUCGCUACUGAAUGUUUUAAUUUUUAAUGCUACGUGGCAACUGAAAUUGAUUUGUCACCCAGGGUUACCAUUCCUUGGAGCUCAUGGGUCACUGUAAGUGUAAUUUUUUUUAAGCUGCUGCCAUAUUACAUCACUCAAUACAAUGUGAACUCAUUUGUUUUGUAAUGUGUUGUUCAUAUCUCAUUUAAAAAUGUUUGUUAAUGAAGCAUUCCAUUUUCCAUAAAUAAAAAACAGUUUACAGUUAA